AUGGCGGUGGCGUUCCGGCUUCGCAGCCGACCGGCGAUUAGUGAGUGGACGGUGGAUCAGGUUUGCGACUUCCUGGAGACGCUGCAGCUGGAUCCCGCGGUGAUCGACAAAUUCCGCGCCGAGGCGGUCGAUGGCCGCGUGCUCUGCGAAGUCAGCGACGAGGAUCUCUCAGGACCUCCCUUCCAGCUGUCCUUCGGUCUGCGGAAAGCCUUGCUGAAGGAGCUGGCGCAGCAGCGUAAGUUGGACAACCACCGCAGAGUCGGUGAACGCAGUGCGGGCGCGGGCCCGGUGCUGGUGAAGGGACAGCCGGUGGAAGGUCCAAAGCUGAGCCACGACGCGCUGGAACGCAUCCGAAAAUGGCGCCUGGAGGUGUCCACGGGGCGGCUGGUUCCACGUGAACCGCCUUUGACGGAUGAGGAGCUGGACUGCUGGUAA